UUGUUCCGAAGGAGCGACGCACGUGGACGAAUGGCUCCAGGAGCGUCGUCGUGCCAGCGUCGCCGUCGCCGGCGCGCCGCGGGGACCCCGUGAGCAGCAUGACGCGUUGCGGCCACCAGGGCCUACUAGUGCUGUGUGUCUCCCUCGUGUGCUGCUACUGCCUGGUGCUGCCGCCUACAGCGCAGAUUCCUGGCUCAAGCGGUGACCAGUACUCCGAGCACCGGCUACCGCCAUCCUGCAACUCUACUGGCAGCGGCGUGCGAUCCUUCUUGUGGUCGACGCGCAACGAACCGCCGUCGUACUUUUUCGGCACCAUCCACGUGCCGUACACCCGAGUGUGGGAACACGUGCCGGAGAACGCCAAGCGGGCGUUCGCCAACGCCGACCGCGUCGUCUUCGAGCUGGACCUGCUGGACCCUGGCACCCUGGCGGCGCUCGCCAACUGCCAGCUGCUGCCCGAGGGACGCUCCCUGGCCGACAUCCUGCCCGCCGACCUGCUCUUGAGGUUGCGGAGGCACUUGGACUACGUGCGGGCCAAGAUGUCGGCCUGGAUGACGGCCGACCAGCGCGGCCGCGGCCUGUACGCCGACUACCUGUUCCACGCCAUCACGGGCGACUGGGAGCGCAAGCGGCCCAUCUGGGUGCUCCUCAUGGUCGACUCGCUCACCGAGGAAGGCGUGCGCUCGCGUGGCGUGCCCGUGCUCGACCUGUUCCUGGCGCAGGCGGCGCAGCACCUGGACAAGCGCACCGGCGCCGUCGAGCAGGUGCACGAGCAGUGCCUGCCCAUCAACGGACUCAACGGCAGCCAGGUGCUGUUCGCGCUGGACCAAACGCUGCGGCAGCACGAGCGCACCCGGCGCGGCGCGCAGCGCUCGGGUUACGGAGCCGACGACCUUAUACGGCACUACAACUGCGGGGACCUGGACGCCGUGGUGUUCCGCAGGGACACUGCGCAGGUUCCUCCGCUGGCCAACACCUCCCUGCGGCUUUCGGCACGCGAGCUCCGGCUGGCCAGGGACAUAGACCGGUACUUCCGGCACGAGCUGAUCUACAAGCGAAACCACCGCAUGGGCGACCGCGUGCUACGGCUACUCAGGGCCAACCCAGGACAGAGCUUCUUUUUCGCCUUCGGAGCAGGCCAUUUCCUGGGAAACAACACAGUGCUGGACUUCGUGCGCCAGGGCGGAUACGACGUGGAGCACAUCGCGGCCACGAGAAGCAUACCGGAGGUGAAGAAGGGCGGCGAGCAGGAGAGCUCGUGGCCGGACCCUGCGGAGGUGCUGGGCGAGCAGCAGCAGUCGGCCGCCGACCAGGCACCCGGAUGGCGGCGCCGGAAGGCCAAGAAGAGGCCCUUCCUCUCGUCGCCGCCCACCACCUCCAGGCCGAGGAAGUUCAACGAUCUAUGGGUGCGCCUGGACUCCACCUGGCGUCCUCGGUCGCUGCCUGCCAAGGCCCUGGGUGCACGUGCACCCGCCGUAUCGCUCAAGCUGUGGCGCGGACACCGGGCGGCCGCGGCCAGCACCAGCCAGACUACAAUCCUGGUCGCGCUCACCUCCUACUUCACCGCGAGCCUCGGGAGCUUCCCGCCUUGA